AUGGCAUCCUCAACGGCCCGGGAAGCGUGGCCACUGCCCGCCGGCAUCACCGACGACUACGCCGACUGCACUUCCUCCUGCGAACUCAACUUUCACAUCCUCAAGGCGGGCAAGCCCGGCAAUCCACUCGUCCUCUUCUGCCAUGGCUAUCCCGAGCUGUCCUUCUCCUGGCGAAACAUCAUGCCCACCGUCGCCGAGGCAGGCUACUAUUGCGUCGCCAUGGACCAACGAGGCUACGGUCGGACGACGGGCGGGGAGGACAGGCCCUACGAUCAAGUCGAUCUGACCCAGUACACCAUGACCAAUCUGGUGCGAGAUCUCGUCUGUCUGGUCUACAAGCUUGCCUACACAGACGUCGCGUGUAUCGUCGGUCACGACUUUGGCGCUGUAUCCUCCGCAAUGGCUGCCCUGAUGCGCCCCGACAUCUUCAGAUCGACCAUCCAGAUGAGCCAUCCGCACCAUCCCCCUCCCACUCCGCAAUUCGGCCAUCACCCUCAGAAGACACCGGUCGAUAUCCAGACCGAGCUCGCCAAGCUCACCCCUCCCAGGAAACACUACAAGUGGUACAACACCUCGCCCGGGGCAGCACGUGAUUGGAAUCACCCGCCUCAAGGUCUGGAGAACUACCUUCGCGGCUACUUCCAUCUGAAAUCUGCAGAUUGGGACAAGAACGACCCGCACCCUCUCGAGGCCUGGACCGCCAGGGAUCUCGAGGUCAUGCCCGAGUACUACAUCAUGCAAAAGGACGACACCUUUCCCCAGACCGUCGAGAAGAACAUGCGGGGCGAAGACUACCACAAGACCGAAUCCUGGCUCUCGCCCUCCGACAUGGCCGUCUACGUCCAGGAAUGGAGUCGCGUGGGCUUCCAGGGUGCCCUGAACUGGUAUCGUGCCCAGACGGCUUCCACCCCGCAGACGAAGAAGGAGAUGUUUCUCUAUGCCGGCCGAAGGAUCGAGGUUCCUUGCGGCUUUAUCAGCGGGAAACAGGAUUGGGGCAAUUUCCAGCAGCCGGGUGCUUUCGAGGCCUACGAGGAUGACAAGGCCGUCAAGCCCGGGUGUUUCAGGGGCGCCAAGAUGGUUGAUCAUGCGGGUCAUUGGGUACAACAGGAACAGCCUCGGGAGACCUCAAAGCAUGUUCUCGAAUUCUUGAAGAGUUUGUAA